CAGUGUGGGGUGUGUUUGAACAAGAGCCACAGAAAAAGUUAGUAGCGGAUUUUUUCUGGCGUCUGACCUGCAGCAGCAGCAUCCGUCGGCAGCAUCAUGGCAAACAAAGCACAGCAGCCUCCUCACCUGCACCUGGCCGAGGUCACCGCGUCCCAGUUCCUCGACAUUUGGAAACAUUUCGACACUGACGGUAAUGGCUACAUCGAGGGGAAGGAGCUGGAGAACUUCUUCAGGGAGUUGGAAAUGGCCCGGAGAGGAGCAGGGGUGGACCCUUCAAACCCCACAUUCAGAGAAAAGAUGAAGGAGUUCAUGCAGAAGUUCGACAAGAACAAAGAUGGACGAAUUGAGAUGUCUGAGCUGGCCCAGAUUCUCCCAACUGAAGAGAACUUCCUGCUCUGCUUCAGACAGUUUGUCAGCUCCAGUGCUGAAUUUAUGGCGGCAUGGAGGCGAUAUGAUACAGACCGCAGUGGCUACAUUGAAGCAAAUGAACUGAAGGGCUUUCUGUCAGACCUGCUGGAGAAGGCUAACAGACAUUACGAUGACCAGAAGCUCCAGGAGUACACACAGACCAUACUUAGGAUGUUUGAUCUGAAUGGAGAUGGAAAGUUGGGCCUGUCAGAGAUGGCAAGGCUCCUCCCUGUUCAGGAGAAUUUCUUACUCAAAUUCCAGGGUGUCAAGUUGACCACUGACCAGUUCAAUGCCAUCUUCACAUACUAUGACAAGGAUGGGAAUGGCUAUAUUGAUGAGCAGGAGUUGGAUGCCCUGCUACGAGACCUUUACCAGAAAAACAAGAAGGAGGUGGACGCGAAGAGCCUGACCGGCUACAAGCAGAGCAUCAUGAGCCUGUCUGACGGAGGGAAGCUCUACCGUGGCGAGCUGGAAAUUGUCCUCUGCAGGGAGCCAAUGUGACUUUUCCUCCUCUCUUGUUGUGUAUCAUCAUUCUCUCUACCUGCCCUGCUCUCCCGAGACCACACCCACAGCCAGCUGCCUGGCAACAUAUACCAGGUGCAUGUGCCAGACACCCCUUAUCCUUUCCCCAACCCUUCCUAAAGUUACAACAUCAGAACGAGUAAGUGCACUGUCAGCACGCAACGGCUCUUCCUUCUUGAAUCCCAUUUUCUGCAACCUGACCUUUCAGCCCUAACCAUGACCUGUCUGAAACCUCUACAGUAGCUUUUCACCUUCUCAGCUCUCCCUCAUGUCCUUUACUGUACCAUUCUGACCUCAUAAACGUCCCUGCCAUCCAUGCUGUGCCUGACUUGCAACUCCUGACCAAAAGCCCAAACCAGUUAUUCCACAGAAAUGACCUUUUGACCUGUUUAAACCCCCCUGAACCUUGACCCCGGCUUCAAUGACCCCUCCAUUCCCUUGCUCUUUAAACUUUGCAUUAGAUACAAUAUAUAGUCAAACAAAACUGCAGACAGCUGUGUUUGAAUUGAUCUAAUUAUAGUCUGUGAUGGAAUUGGCAUUGAUUUUUCCACCUUUGUUUGUCCUGAAGCCCUCUUGUUCCAUUGCCAUGAUAUGAUUUUCAUUUUCAAUGUUUUUGGCUGAUACUGUCAAUUGAAAAUAUUAAUAAAAUGUCUUAAGAUAAAAUCAGUUCUGACA